AUGUCACCCAGGCGACAGCGGAGGCUUGCAAGAUACGCACAGCAGGUCGCCCAGUGUGGUGAGGAGAUCCAUGACCUGGAACGAUUCGUCAACGCCCAGGUUGUCGCCUUUCGGAAGAUUCUCAAGAAGUACAAGAAAUGGACUGGUUCGCAAACCCUAGGUCCCCGAUUCAGGGAAUCCAUUCUUUCGGACCCAAAAAGCUUCACAAACCGCGAUUUCCAUCAGUUACAGGUUCACUACGAUGACCUCUCUUCCGAACUAUCAGCCGUCAUAGCUCAGAACCCUUUGCCCGAUUCUCCGCCAUCGAUCGAUGAGGCGCCAACUCCGGCCAGGCGACGCAGUGUCCAGUUCCAAGAACAAUAUGUGGACCAGGACCGACAAGAGCAGCAAGAGCCUGCAGCCAGCUAUUGGAACGAGUACGACAACGGCAGCGAGGCUGGAGAGGACGAAGGAUACACAAUAUACGUGGACCCGGACGAGGAAACAUACCUUCACUUUCCAGGUCUCUCAAGCUUAUUGCACGUUCUCAAAAUGCCUGUAGAAAAGGCAAAGUCGAUGUUGAGCCUCAAGGUCGUCGACGGCGAGCGACAGCCCCUUCUUCCGAACCACAUCGGAAAUGUGGCCGCUCUCCACCCAAACGGCUGCCACACAGACCAAAUGUCAUACGGCACUCACGGGCGCCCCGAAACGGCCAACGAGCGCGACGUCUUCCCUGUGAACAGCCACACCAUGUCGGACGGAUACAGCGCUGAGGACGAGCAGAAUCUGGACCAAGCCAGCGACGACGAGUUCCCUAGAGGCUACGAGGCUCGGUUCGCCGCGCUGCCGUCGAUCAACGAGCAGCGCAUCGCUAGGUACCGGGAACGCGUCCUCUUUUGGGGUUCCGUGGGGGCUAAUGUCGCCGCCUUCGUCCUCCUCGGGGUCGCCAGCCUCCUCAUUAUGACAGGGAAGCAUCGGCUCAGGGCUGAGGUCGAUGCGGGUGUCGUCGUCGGCGUCAUGGCCAGUCUGGCGGCCGCGUGUGCAGCGCUGGGAAUGACGCUUGCGAGGAACCAGGAAACCAUCAGCUGGAUUAACUGUCUGGCCGUUUAUCUCACAUUUACCGUCAUUUGCGUCCUGAACGGGAUGCUACUCGUCCUGGUUAUGGGCAACACAGGGAUGGCGUAG